GCAACAGCCCCAGUCUGCCGCAGGUGUCUGCCACUGCGGCGUGAUUCUGAAGACGUGAUGGCACACCAUAACGGAUCCUCAGAUGGCACUUCGCGUGUCUUCAGAGGCAUGUUUAUUCAUGCAACCCAGAAAGAAGCCGUGCAGGUCUUGCAAGAUGCGCUGCUUGGAGUUAAUGCCGAGGGAAAGAUUGCCUUCAUUGGAGAAGGCAAAGAGCUGGAUAAACUAUCUGAAACUUUUGGAUUCAGCCCCUCAGCAGUAAUCCAACUAGAACAACAUGAAUUCUUCAUGCCAGGGAUGGUGGACACACACAUCCACGCAUCACAGUACAGCUAUGCUGGCACGGCCCUGGACAUGCCCCUGUUGGACUGGCUCAACAAGUACACCUUUCCAGUGGAGUUAAGAUUUAAAGAUUUGACUUUUGCACAGAGUGUCUACACUCAAGUAGUGAGAAGAACUCUGAGAAAUGGAACUACUACUGCGUGUUACUUUGCGACCAUACAUACUGACUCCUCUCUCCUACUGGGCCACAUUGCAAAUGACUUAGGGCAGCGAGCCUUAGUGGGUAAAGUAUGUAUGGACCAGAACAAUUUGGUGAACUAUUACAAAGAGACCCUUGAAGAGUCCCUUGCGGAAACACGCCGGUUCAUUUCACAGCUCUUGGCCAAAAAGUAUGCUCUCGUCAAGCCAGUGGUGACUCCUCGCUUUGUCCCAACGUGCUCGGAAGCCUUGAUGGGUCAACUGGGACAGCUUGCUAAGAAUAACAACCUGCAUAUCCAGAGUCAUAUUAGUGAAAAUGUUGAGGAGGUGAAAAUAGUGAAGGAGUUAUUCCCUGAUCAUGACUCCUAUACACAUGUCUACCACCAACACAACCUGCUUACCAACAAGACGGUGAUGGCACAUGGUUGCUAUCUCAGUGAUGAAGAGUUGGCUUUGUUCAGGGAGACAGGAGCCUCUUUGUCACACUGUCCCAACUCCAACAUCUCGUUGUGCAGUGGGAUGCUCGAUGUACGUAAGGUCCUGAAGCACAAAGUAAAGCUGGGCCUGGGAACAGACGUGGCAGGUGGCUACUCUGCCUGCAUGCUGGAUGCUGUGAGGAGAGCCAUGGACACAUCCAAAAUCUUGACCAUCCAGGACACAGAACAUGAGACCCUCACCUUUGAGGAGGCAUUCCGACUGGCUACACUGGGAGGCAGCCAAGCGUUGUCACUGGAUGACCAAAUUGGAAAUUUUGAGGUGGGCAAAGACUUUGAUGCACUGAGGGUGAAUGUAGCGGUUCCUGGUGGGCCCAUUGACAUGAUCCAGCUUGAGAAACCAAAGAUUAUUCUGGAAAAGUUCUUGAAUUUGGGUGACGACCGCAACAUAGUAGAAGUUUAUGUGGCUGGAAGGAAGGUGGUACCAUUGCCUGACUAGAUCCUAUGCCCAAAGUAUCCAUUGCAUUGCUGGAAAUGUUGCGUUUGUUCUCUAAUGAGUGAUACUGUAACACGAAUGAGUCACAAUGAAGCUACAUGUCAACUUUUGUCAUAAGAAACCAUGCAAAUGCAGUCUCUUCACUUUUAAAUAUAUGGGAUGAGAUUAUGUACAGUAGCAUGUAUUUUUCAUACAGUAGGUUCUGUUUUAAAUAACACUUUGGGGUGGUUAUCCAAGGUAACUAUAGAGACAGACUCAUUUAUAAUGGCUUAAUGAUCAAGUGUGUGCAGCUUGAGAACAUUUUAUGACAUGAAUGCUUUUAUUAUAACAUAUCCUACUGUUCUUUUACUGAGUGCACUUUAAAUGCCAUGGAUUGCAGAGGCACAUGAUUUUUUAAAUCUCCCCACAGCUGUUUUUUUGAUACAUUGUGCAACUGUUGUAUUGUGUAAUAAAGUCAACAUCAAAAUCCAAAUACUUGAUGAUGGGGAAGUACUAGAAGUUCACAUAUUUUGGGAAUUUUAUUGAACGGAUUGUAAAUUGAGCCUAUAAAAGAAAACAGAAAAAUCGUCACUUUGUAGACAUUUUACACAGCACAUUUAAAUUGUGUUUUUGCAUUGUACUUCCACGUGGGUCGCUCCAUGGGAAACUGAAAUAAAGAAUACUGUGAAUUCAAGUCUUUUC